AUUUAAAAACAAUUUACUGCAACGCAAUUUCAAUUCCUGAUGGCGAGUGCGACAGAGAGCGAGCAUGAAUGGGCGAGUGCCUAAAAAAAUUAGAUUGUGUACAAUAAUACAAAUAGGCAACAGUUUCAACAAAUUUCAUUAGAACUGGUAAAGUGAGAAAUUCGCAAGCCACAACAGACAAACAUAUAAACACCCAAAGGCCAAACAGAUGAGAAAUGAAAAUAGUGCGAAUGCUACAAACAAACACAGACAGCAGCAUAUUGAGCGGCGACAGCAAACUGAGCGAAUAACAACAAUACAGUAAUUCCCAGCAAAGUUGCAGGACCAGCAACAUCAGCAGCAGCUUUCUCCUUCUGUCGCAAGCAGCAGCAGCAGCAGCAGAAUGUUGGGCAAUCGUUAUUUCACACUCGAAUUGACAUUUUUGCUAGUCUGUUUGACAUGCCAUCAAUUCUUUAUUGAAGGUCAUGUACUUGUUUAUAAGCGUAUUACAAAUCAGCUCAUAGAGGAGUUUAAUGACUUGCCAUCAAGAUUUGGUCCCGAAAUAUCUGGCAACAGUUUGCGCUUGUUUGCAGUGCCAGCUGACAAUACAUAUGGUUGCAAGCAUUUAAAGCCACCACCAAGGACUGGGUAUCCACCUAACGCCAAGUUUGUGGUGAUUAUAUCGCGCGGCGGUGAUUGUACUUUUGAGACAAAGGUGCGCGUUGCACAGAGUGCUAUGUACUAUGCUGUGAUCAUCUACAACAAUGAGGGCGACGAGCUGGAACAAAUGACCGCCAAUAAUGUCACAGGCAUACAUACACCAUCCGUUUUUGUGGGCCUUACCACCGGCAAAAUAUUAUUAUCGUUCUACACAACCGAUGUGGAUCUGCUGAUCAACGAUGAGCUGCCCUUUAAUAUAAAUACACAGCUUAUAUUGCCGUUUUCGAUACUAAUUGGACUCUGUUUUCUGAUUAUGCAGAUUGUCUACAUGAUAUACAAAUGCAUACGCGAGCAGCGUCGGCAGCGUCGCUACAGAUUGCCCAAAAGAAUGCUGAAGAAAAUUCCAGUGCUGCGUUAUACCAAAAAUAAUCCAAACACCAAAUAUGAGACUUGCGUUAUCUGCCUCGAGGACUUUGUCGAAGACGAUAAGCUGCGUGUGCUGCCAUGUUCACAUCCAUAUCACAGCCACUGCAUUGAUCCUUGGCUAACUGAGAACCGCCGUGUCUGUCCAAUUUGCAAGCGCAAGGUUUUUACGAAAGGCGAAACUCGUGCAAGUCGGAAUCGACAGCCUUCAUUGGAUAGUGUCACGGAUACUGACGAUGAUACAACGCCGCUUUUGCAGCAGCAGCAGCCAACAUCAGCAACUCCAGGCGUUGCAGCGACUGCAGUUGUUGCCAGCGGCAGCAAUAGCAGCACUCUAAAUAUGCCUGCCACAGCUGGCGCUGCCACAACGCGUCACGGCACAUUUAGGCGCGACAAUAAUAUAAAUGAAUCAGUAGCGGCACAGGAACAGCACAGCUCUGAUGAUGAGAAUGCGCUACUGAUGAAUACAUCAGCAUCGUCCUCCCAACGCCGCAUCAAUCCAUUCGAUCGUUCACCUAAUUUGCCAGCUCAUUUGGUGAAUCAACUGAACGAACCAAGUGCUACUUUCUGGUCACGUCUCAACGCUCGCUUGUUUCGACGCCAGCCAGCAAGCAUCAGUGUGGCGGCACCCGCAUAUCUGGAGCAUGUGGAGUCUGGUACAAACACAUAUGCUGGUCGUGGCAUGACAGCAACUGCCACAGCUGCUAUUGAAACCGUACCCACAUCUAACAACAUUCUGAAUCCGAAUUUAAGCGGUUCGUUUAAAGAUGAUGAUCAAUUGCCACCACAUCGAUCCAUCUAUGAGCCAAUUGCAGCAGUCACACCUGGCACAGAGCAGCAACGCACACCGUCUAUUGCUGUUGCCGCCGCCGAUUCGGCGUUUUUGCAGACGCCCACGCAGGGCGGCAUAGGCGUAGCUGCAUUGCCGCCACACAGCUCUUCGGAUCUGCAAUUUCUCAUAUGAAGUAAAAGUACCCACGUCGAUGCAAUAAGAAAAGUUUAGUUUUGUAGUAACACUAGCUCGUAAUAAGAAACAAAAAAAGAGAACAAAACGAAAACGAAAACCCAACUAAAGUAAAUGCGUUUUGUAGGCAAAGAUUGGUAUAGUUGUCGCUUUGGCUGCCAGCAUCGCAUCUUUGUUUUAAAUAAUUAACAACUUAAUACAUAAUUAUGCAGCUGUAAUUCUUAUCAUCAUCCACUAUGCACUGAUGAUUUUCCACUGCAACUCACUAACAUUCAUACAUACAUAACAUACAUACAUAUAUAUAUACAUACAUUAAUAUGCAUAUAGAAAUUGUGAUUUAUUUUAUAUACCUUAUACAUUACUGAACUUAUUGGCUUGCGUAAAAACGAAAAACCAAACAAAGCAUAUAAAGCAAACAAAUGCGAAUUACUAUUUAUCAUUGUAUAAGUUUGAAAUUGUGUUUACCUGAAUUUGAAUUUCUGGUUUAUUUUGAUUUUCACUUAAUUCCGCAAACCAUUGAAUGAAAUUGUUUUUAACAACUAAAGCCUGUACACAAAUGUUUGUAAUAAUUUUACUCGAUAGACACUAGUUAUAAUAAGCAUGUGAAAUUUGUUGCUUUAGGGCUUUCGAAAAUUUAAACUAAAAUCCAUAUAUUGCGUAUGCUGUUACUGUAUAUUCUGUUCGAUUUAACUAAUUUUAAGUAAUGCUGUGUAUUAUAUAUUGGAAUUUUAUUGAUAUUU